UGUGUAGAGAGGAGAUCUCUUUCCUUGUCCUCUAUUCUUCCUCAUUUUUCUUGAUUUCCUCACAGAAAAAAGGAAGUUUUUCCUUUCGUUCUAUCGAGUGAUCGAUUUGGGCGACGAGCUAUGGCGACGCAGCAGCAGCAGCGGGAGGACGAGAUUGUUGGAAUGGGCAACGAUGGAGUUGUGGAUGGAUCGAGCAUCAAGGCGCUGGUGGAAGACAAGACCGCAUUUGCGAGGUUUGUGGACGGGAAGUUUAGUGCGCUGGAUGCGAGCCACACGGGGGAUCUCACGCCCCAGGAGCUCAAGCCCGCGGUUCUUGGGAUCGGUGGAGCGCUUGGCCUCCCUCCACAGGGAUCUUCUCCCGAUACUGAUCCCAUCUACGAUCAGGUGAUGGAAUCCUUCCUGGAUGGACGAGCUAAGAAAGUUUCCAAGGAGAAGUUUGCGGUGGUCCUUCGUGAGAUACUCCUGGGACUGGCGGAUGGUCUGGAGCGAGAGCCGAUCAACAUCAUGUCCCUGGAUGGAUCGAAGCUCCGGGAGUAUGCCCGUCACCCCGACGCGGAGAUCAGCGCUGUGAAUGCUUUCGUGGAGAAUGAUCUUGAGAGCACUGGUAAAGUUAAAGCGUCGGUUCUCAGGGACGCUUUGAAACGGCUCUCGGUCGACCAUGGAGCUCCACCGUACGGCGAGGCGAGUUUGCCCGUGGUGGACGCUGCUCUCUCGAGAUCGGGAGUUAACGAGGACGCCCUCAUCGAUCAAAACGAGUAUGUGGCGCUCUUCAAGAAAGUUUUGCUGGAGAUGUCAACGAUCAUGUCCGAGAAGCCUCUCACUGUGGCUCACGUACGAAAGAAAUUCGACGGCCAAAGUGUCAAAGCCUUCCUGAGCGACAAGAAAGCAUCCAAGAAGGUGAUCUCCGAGGCCUGGAAAACGCUGCCAAAAGAAAAGAACGGCUCCAUAAAAAAGGAUGACUUCAUCUUUGGCUUGGACUUCGUCUCACCUCGAGCUGGUUUGCCACCGCUUGGAGCAAUCGAAGAGAUGGAUUCCGAGAUCAUUGGAGCACUCAAAAUGAUGGACAAUGGUGGAGCGGCCUCGCAUAAAAACCACCAUGAAAAUUUGAUAGACAGGGAAAUGUUCGAGCAGUACCUGAGGCAAGUUCUCGGGAGUAUGAUGUUGCAACUGGAAGGGAAACCGAUUGUGAUCCAGAGCAGCGCCAUCGUCAGCGGGGCCCAGGCAGGAAACCCCGCCGCCAUUUUCUAGAUCACAAUCUUUUUGACUUGUACAGUACACUACUUCAGAAUACAUUACACUAAAGAAUAACACUACCUGUGAUCGAAAUCCAAGCUCAUCGCCAA